AUGAAUAAAAAGCAAAUAAAACAAGACAAGGUUCUUAAAAAAAAGGCAUUGUAUUAAGAGUAUUGGAAAACUAUUUUUAACUAAUGUAGGAAAACUAAUGAAUAAAUUAAGGAUGGAGAAACUAAUACAAAUAUUGUAGAAAUAUAAUUGAAGAAGGGCAGCAUUGAAAAUAAAGAUUUAUUACAAUAAGGUUUUGAAAAAAUGUUAUUAGAAUAGAAAAACAUUCUUAAAUUUCCAAAAGUAAAUUUUUUGUUUUAAUAAAAAGCAUGAAAAUACUUAUCAAGAUAAUAAAAUUAUUGAGUAAAAGCAUUAAUUUAAAGAUCAAAUUAAAUCCUUAUAAGAUAAAGAAACUUUAAUUUCACAAUAAUAAAAUCAAAAUGAUGUUAAAAUUUAAUCAAUAAAAUCUAAUGAAGUUAUAUCAAAUAUGAUUUAAAAAUAAACAAGACAUGAAGAGGAUUAUAAAGGAAUUGAAUAAGGUAAUCAAUAGUAUAAAAUUUAUAUAGUUUUAAAGAAAGACAUAAAUUGUAAUUUAGAAAAAAAUUAAUUAAAAUAAAAAAUUUAGGCAAAUCAAGUUGUAUAAAAUAUCACAUCUCUUAAUAACAAACUCACUUUAUAAGAAUAAAAAAUACAAUAAAAUAAAGUAAAAACUCAAAAUGAAUAAGUGAUUCUUAAGGAAUAAUAAAAAAGUUUAUAAUCAAAUGGAGGGAAAAUUUCAAAAAUUGAAUCGCAUAAAAAUGAAGAUAAAAUAACCAAAAAUAAGGAUUAGAUUAAUUCUAAUUUAAAAAAAAUAUAAUCUUCAAAUGUAAAUUAAUUAGAUUAAUCUCAUAAAUUAUAAUUAGUAAAAGGAAAUCAUGAUAUUACCAAAAAUAUUUCAUAAUUGAUAUAAUAAGAAAAGAUUAUUAAUAUUUAAGUUAAUUAAUAAUCAACUAUACCUCAAAUUAAUACUUAGCCUAAAGUAAUUAUUUAUCUUCAUUAGGAAAAUGAGUUGAAGAUGUAAUAAAUUAACAAAUAAAAUAAUAUAUAAUAAUCAACUUAAAUUGCUGAUAUUGAAACUAAAGCUAUUGUCAAUGAAAUUGGAUCAUUAGAAUUAAAAAUCGAAAAUAAUGAAUAAAGUUUGGAUAAUGAAAAUCAAUAGUCUAACCCUAAAGAUAAACCCAAUAAUUCCAAUAUGGGAUAAACUUAAAAUGUUACUAGAAAUUAACUAAAAGCAGUUCACAAAGUUAUGAGAACUGUGAAUGAAAGAGUAAAUUAAUAUAAUUAACUAUAAGCUUCACUAGGAUGAAAUAUCGAUUCAAAUUAUUUGGGAAACUUUGUUAGUAGAAUAGUCUAAUCUGAUACCAAAUUACGAAAAAUUAAUUGAAUGCAUCUAAUAAUUACAUAAUUUAGAGAAGGCUCAUUUUGAUAAAUAAAAAUUGACCGCUUAAUUAUUAUGA